GCCCACCUGUCAUGGUCGCCCGAGGCCGGCCGGCCUCAUGUGGCCACAUCGCAGCCCCCUCCCUUUAUAUCCUCGCCCCUGCCCCCGCCGUGUCUUUCUUCCUCCACAAGAAGAAAAGAAACGCCACCAAAUCCAAUCUCGAGCCCCCCUCUCCCGUCCGCCCGUCCCAACCCGAUCCGAUCCCCUCCUCCGUCGCCAUGGGCCGCAAGUUCUUCGUCGGCGGCAACUGGAAAUGCAAUGGAACUGUCGAACAGGUAGAGAGUAUCGUCAAUACUCUGAACGCUGGACAGAUCGCCUCUACGGAUGUUGUCGAGGUUGUUGUCAGCCCACCCUAUGUCUUCCUUCCCACCGUCAAGGCUAAGCUGCGCCCAGAGAUCCAAGUUGCUGCUCAGAACUGCUGGGUGAAGAAGGGCGGUGCUUUCACCGGUGAAGUCAGUGCUGAGAUGCUUGUCAACCUCGGCGUUCCCUGGGUCAUUCUUGGACACUCUGAAAGGAGGAGCUUGAUGGGAGAAUCAAGUGAGUUUGUUGGAGAGAAGGUUGCAUAUGCACUCGCUCAGGGCUUGAAGGUCAUUGCAUGUGUUGGUGAGACUCUUGAGCAGCGAGAAGCUGGAUCAACCAUGGAAGUUGUCGCUGAACAGACAAAAGCAAUUACUGGCAAGAUCAAGGACUGGACUAACGUGGUUGUCGCGUAUGAACCAGUGUGGGCCAUUGGCACCGGUAAAGUUGCGACACCGGCUCAGGCGCAGGAAGUCCAUGCCAAUCUGAGGGACUGGCUCAAGACCAAUGUGAGCCCUGAGGUUGCUGCAUCCACACGGAUCAUCUAUGGAGGUAAUGUAUACCCAUUGUUCGAACACAAAUGCCUCCUUGUCUACACAUUUACUGCCGAAGUCAUCUUGAUAUAUGAUGGUUAUGCACGCCUUGUUGCUAUAGGAUCUGUAACUGGCGCAAGCUGCAAGGAGUUGGCCGGGCAGCCCGACGUCGAUGGUUUCCUCGUUGGUGGAGCUUCUUUGAAGCCUGAGUUCAUCGACAUCAUCAACGCCGCCACCGUGAAGUCUGCCUAAGCAAGAUCUCGAUGUGUGGCUCCUCUGGGCGUGGAGGAAGACAGCAACGAUGAAGAGACCCCUUUUUUCUCUCCUGUGUUUAUUAUGUGUACUAUGCUAGUAAUUUUGCGGUGGAGCAGCUGCUACUGUGUUUCCUCCCCCUGACUUGAGCUUGCAAGCCAAUAAUGAUAAUGUUUACUACCGAACAUAUAUCAGCUAUUAUCGUUAGCUCUUGUUGCUGUUUAA